UGUAGCAGCACCUCCGCAGCAAAAUCCCGGUCUCCACGCUCCGGUAUUCAUCUUUGUGUGGGAAGCCGGAAUCACCAUUUCAAUAAGAAGCAUUCUAGAUUUGGGCAUGGCUCCCAUCAACAAGUUUUGGAUAUUUUGUCUCGCUUUAUUUUGCCUCGCUUCCCCUCUCAUACAAGUUGCUAGGUGCCAGUCAGAUUCAGAUGAGGCUGCGGAGACCACUGAAGCAAGUGAUGUUGGCAUUGUUGGUCAGAAUACUGAAGAUCUUGGUGGUGAGAGCUAUUCCUCUGCUCCAGGAAUUGAUACGCUCUGCGUAUUCCCAAAGAAUGGUGCAAAAUUGGUUCCAGCUGGAGAAGAGACAGACCUGAUCGUUGGUGUGAAAAAUGAUGGGGAGGCAAGCUUGAAGGUUAUUGCAAUUAAAGCUAGUGUUCACUUCCCAUAUAACCACCACUAUGUUGUUCAAAAUCUUACAGCUCAGCUUUUUAAUUAUGCUUCUGUGCCAGCCUCAGCACAGGGUACUUUCCCAUAUACAUUUGCUGUGAGCCAAUACUUGCAGCCUGGAGCUUUUGAUCUGGUGGGAACCAUUGUGUAUGAAAUUGACCAGCAUCCAUACCAAAGCACAUUCUAUAAUGGCACUAUUGAAGUUGUUGACGCAGGCAGUUUUCUUAGCGUGGAGUCUGUUUUUCUUGUUACUCUUGGAACUGCCCUUCUUGUCCUCUUUGUGCUAUGGAUUUAUGGUCAAGUUCAGAACGCAUCCAAGAAAACAAAGAAGGGCGCAAAAGUUGAAGUUGGGACUAGGACUACCUCAAUGGAUGAAUGGCUUGAGGGAACUGCAUACGCCAUGUCGAACAACAAAUCAAAGAAGAAAGAUAAAUAAUUCUUCUCAAGUUCAUAUGUGCAAGACGACCCCGGAGUUCAGAAUCCUGUAACUCAACUAGGUUGGAGAAUUUAAAAGGGCUAAAGAAGUAGCACUACUUUAGGCUGAGAAGCUGCCUUUCUGUUUUAACUUAUGGAGUAAAUUUAACCAUUCCCCCCUCUGUAUGAAGUUUAGCCUGUCCAGUAGAGAGAUGACAGGAAUGAGUUCGGAGAAAUACAGUUCCCCCCCCCCCCCCCCGAACCGGCAGAUUUUUUUGGGGGGUUUAUAUCGUGCUGAGACUAUCUAGAUUCAGCUCUUCUUGUGCACUAAAUUGGAUUUUUGGCCUCUGGUCCAUGUGUUGCCGUAGUUUAUAAUUUGUAGCGUUGCUGGUGUGGAGAGAGCCUUUCCACAA